AUGGCACCAUCUGAGAAGGAAGGGAUCGAGCAGGGUGGGACGGCUGUCCACGCGGAAGACAUUAUGAAGGAGAGCACCAACUACACUCUCCCGCCGGAGGAGAGCAAGUCUCUUCUUCGAAAGAUAGACAGAUGUCUUCUACCCGUCAUGGCCGUAUCAUACUUCUUCCAAUUCCUAGACAAGAUGGCUCUUACUUCCACGGCCAUUCUCGGAAUCCGCGAAGACCUCAACCUUACAGGAGGACAGUAUUCUUGGGCUGGCGGAAUCUACUAUAUCGGAUACCUCAUCGCAUCGUACCCAGCCGGUGCGCUGAUGGUACGUUGGAAAGUCGGCAAGACAAUUGCGACCUCGGUGCUCGUCUGGGGCGGGAUCCUUAUGUUCACGGCCUUGUCCUUUAACGGCGCAGGUCUACUGGCGACCCGUUUCAUGCUCGGAGUUGCAGAAGCUGUGAUUGCCCCAGGUCUGACUAUUGUCAUUUCCAUGUGGUAUAAACGCGAGGAGCAGCCCCUUCGCCACGCUGCUUGGUUCAUGGGGAACACUUUUGCUGGCAUUUUCGGUAGCCUCAUCCAAUACGGCAUUGGGCACAUACAAACAAUUGCACCCUGGAAGGCCGUCUUCUUAAUUCUCGGCGCAAUCACUGUCUCGUGGUCUGUUGGUGUUUUCUUCCUUCUGCCAGACACCCCCAUGGACGCCUGGUUUCUGAGCCAGACAGACCGCAGCAAAGCAGUCGCACGGGUGAACGAGAACUUGACCGGUAUUAAGAGCAACGAAUUCAAAUGGGCGCAGUGCUUCGAAGCACUGAGGGACCCAAAGACAUGGUUUAUCUUCUGUAUCCAAAUGGCCUCUAACAUUCCCAACGGCGGCGUCACUACUUUCAGUGCAAUUGUCAUUAAAGGGCUCGGGUUCAGCACGUUCAAUACCCUGCUCCUGAACUCCGUCAGCUAUAUCCUGCAGCUGAUCAUGGUUUUACUGUGCACAAUAGGCAGCACCUAUCUCCCCAACACACGGACCUACUUCAUGGCGUUUAACUACGCAGUCGCCCUGGUUGGAGCUGCCAUGGUGCGCGAGCUUCCAGAGUCACAGAAAUGGGCCCGAUUUGCCGGCACAUGUCUACUGACGGGAUACUCCGCGAGCUUUCCACUGAAGAUGGCUCUGAUGUCUGGGAACUUUGCAGGCUUUACAAAGAAGACUACUGUAUACGCUAUCAGCUUCAUAGGCUACUGCGCCGGCAACAUCAUUGGACCGCAGCUAUUCUUUGCCCAUGAAGCGCCAACGUACACCUCAGCAUUUCUCGCCAUGAUGAUAUGUCCGUCUAUCGGAAUUGUCCUCGCCCUUGCCUUCCGAGUAUACCUCAUCUGGAUCAACCGGUGCCGCGAUAAGGCUGCUGGGGGUUCAGGUCCGGUGGAUACUACUGAUCUCCAGACGGGGAUUGCUCUGAAUCUUAUGGAUAAGACGGAUUUGGAGAUGCCUCAGUUUAGAUAUGUUUAUUAG